CAAGCUCUCUCGAGGCCAAUUCAGCUCUACGCAACAAGAAGCAGCCAUGUCGACCACAACCACCACAACGGCGCAGCCGAUUACGGCCGAGACCAUCCUUCGUCUGUUCCCUGACAUCGACACCACCAGCGAGGCGCUGUCGGGCCACGAUGAGGAGCAGAUCCGUCUGAUGGACGAAGUCUGCAUCGUCACUGACGAGAACGAUGCGCCAAUUGGCACCGCAAGCAAGAAGAUUUGCCACCUGAUGACCAACAUCGACAAGGGACUCUUGCACCGUGCCUUUUCCGUCUUCCUCUUCAACGACAAGAACGAGCUGCUCCUCCAACAGCGCGCCUCCGAGAAGAUUACCUUCCCAGACAUGUGGACCAACACCUGCUGCUCUCACCCUCUGAGCAUCCCCACCGAGACGGGCGCCAACCUGGUCGACUCCAUUGCGGGAGCCAAGCGGGCGGCUCAGCGCAAGCUGGAUCACGAGCUCGGCAUCAAGACGGAGCAGGUUCCGUUUGAGGACUUUCGCUUCUUGACCCGAAUCCACUACAAGGCUCCCUCCGACGGCAAAUGGGGCGAGCACGAGAUUGACUACAUCCUCUUCAUCAAGGCCAACGUCGAUCUCAACCCCAACGAGAACGAGGUUCAGGCCACCCAAUAUGUCACCGCCGAUGGCCUCAAGAAGCUGUUUGAGGACCCCAGCCUCAAGUUCACUCCCUGGUUCAAGCUCAUCUGCAACUCGAUGCUCUUCGAGUGGUGGGAGAGCCUGGACUCUGGACUGGAGAAGUACACCAAUGAGCAGGAGAUCCGACGUAUGCUAUAAUGGGGUUGAUACGAAUACGAUGGGGGGCGGUUUUAUAAUACGAAAAAGCGAGCGAAUUCGACACAAUGUGCGUCUUUUUGUCAUCUCGGAUAAUAUGACGAUAGAAGAUGAGAAUAGAAGAAUAUUGGGGUUACAUGUGCUGAUGUAAUGGUCCUCCCGCUGGACCUUGGUCUUUGUUAGCUUCGGAAUAUCUAGAGAGUGUAGUAGAAUCAGAUACCAAUGCAUGAUAACUACUGGCAAAAGAGUAUUAGUC